GCAGGCGCACAGGAAGACGCGGCUGCCGUUGGACACCAUCACCGCCCCCGGAGCCUGAGGGCCAGUGGGGCACUAGAGUCCUGGCUUCCUCUGUGAUGGUGGCUCAGCAGGAUCAGGUGAUCGGGCGUGAAGAUCUAAGCUGGGGGGACCCCCGCUUUGCCUAAGCCUGGACCUGAGAGAGCAGAACUUAAUCCUUGGGACCCUGAACAAGUAUAAUGCAGGAAGUUUGCUAAUUAAGAUAACACCGAAGGUUAAAGACAAAAUCAUCCAGAGGAAAUGCCAGUAGUAUGGCAUGUGGGAAUGCAAGAAUCUCUACGGCAGAUUCUCUUACUAUAGGGGUUAUCCAGGUUAUGAUUGGCAUCUUUGAACUUCUCAUGUGGUACCUCCUAUUGGUUUUGUAUAUGGGACAAGUUAAAGGAGUCUUUGGAACAUACGAACCUAUAACUUACAAAACAGGAUGUGCUUUAUGGGGAAUUUUUCCUGUCAUAGGAGGAGCCUUGAUAGUAAGAGCAGCAAAGCGUCCAACUCGAUCCCUGAUUAUAAGUGCUAUGGCCCUAAACAUCUUCUGCAUGGUUAUCACAAUUAUUGCCAUAAUUCUAACAAUAAUUGAGUUGUCGUCUUUUAACACUGUGUCAUAUAGGAAUUAUGGACAAGCGAAACUUGGGAGGGAAGUUUCACGUCUUUUGCUGACCUUCUACCCCUUGGAAUGUGUUAUUGCACUUAUAUAUUCGAUAUUCAGCUGUAUGAACUUGGGUCAAAGACGUGAAGAUACUGUUACAUCUGUUGCUGAUGAAGUUAUGAGCAAUUAUUAGAACCUUAGAAAUGUGAGAAUUUUGCUGGUGCCAAUGCCUGAUAUGGGGCCUAAUAAUAUCUCUGUGUAACAAAGUUGCUCCAAAGCCCACAGAUUUUGUGCAAAAUAAAAUACAAAACAAAUUGGAUUUUU